UGGCCGGCGGCGGGCGCCGAGGGGCCCAAUGGGAGCCGCGGCCGGCCGCCCCGCCCCGCGCCGCCGGACGUCUGUGCCGGGACAUGGCCGCCGCCGGACUCGGGUCCUUGAGCUGAACGCCCUCCUCCCGCAGCAGACCGUUACCGUCAGCCGUGCGAGCCGACCGGGCCGCCGCGGCGGAGUAGGCGGCUGCAGCGGGCGGAGCGGCCGACCACAUGGCGUCCAUCUUACUGAGGCGAUGCCGCGCCCGGGAUCCCGCCCGGCUCCCGCGGCCCCGCGUCGCCGCCCCGAGGGGUGCUCUGGGGGACCGAGCAUGUCUCAGCUGUGCCAGCACCGUGGGCUUGAUAAACCGCAUGAACAUCCCAUCUGGCUGUUGUGCCCGCUUCCACCCUGGGUACCUUUCUUUCAGAGGUGACACCCUCCUUGGCUCAUGGACUCCAAGGCCUGAUCACCCAUGGUCAGUGGCCAGGGCACCGUGGGUUCCUGCUUUGACAGGGAGUGCUGCCACGGGGCUACAGCUUCUUUCCGUACGUGGCUGGCACUCUUCUUCUCCGCGAGGCGAUGACUCGGUGGUGGAGAAGUCCCUCAAGUCCUUGAAGGACAAGAACAAGAAGCUGGAGGAGGGGGGCCCUGUGUACAGCCCCCCUGCAGAGGUGGCCGUGAAGAAGUCGCUGGGGCAGAAGGUUCUGGACGAGCUGAAGCACUACUACCAUGGCUUCCGCUUGCUCUGGAUUGACACCAAGAUCGCUGCACGCAUGCUCUGGCGCAUCCUCAAUGGCCACACCCUGAGCCGCCGUGAGCGCAGGCAGUUCCUCCGGAUCUGUGCUGACCUCUUCCGGCUGGUACCUUUCCUGGUCUUCGUGGUAGUGCCCUUCAUGGAGUUCCUUCUGCCGGUGGCCGUGAAGCUCUUCCCCAACAUGUUGCCAUCUACUUUCGAGACUCAGUCUAUCAAGGAGGAGCGGUUGAAGAAGGAGCUGCGAGUCAAGCUGGAGCUGGCCAAGUUUCUUCAGGACACCAUUGAGGAGAUGGCCUUGAAGAACAAGGCGGCCAAAGGGAAUGCCACCAAAGACUUUUCCAUGUUUUUCCAGAAGAUCCGAGAGACCGGUGAGAGGCCCAGCAAUGAGGAGAUCAUGCGCUUUUCCAAACUGUUCGAGGAUGAGCUGACCCUGGACAACCUGACGCGGCCGCAGCUUGUGGCUCUAUGCAAGCUGCUGGAGCUGCAGUCCAUUGGCACCAACAACUUCCUGCGCUUCCAGCUCACCAUGCGGCUGCGCUCCAUCAAGGCCGAUGACAAGCUCAUCGAUGAGGAGGGCGUGGGCAGCCUAAAUGUCAAGGAGCUGCAGGCGGCUUGUCGGGCUCGAGGAAUGCGUGCCCUCGGCGUCACAGAAGAUCGGCUGAGGGACCAGCUGAAGCAGUGGCUGGAGCUUCACCUGCACCAGGAGAUCCCAUCCUCGUUGCUCAUCCUCUCCCGGGCCAUGUACCUCCCAGACACACUCUCCCCUGCUGACCAGCUCAAGUCCACACUGCAGACCCUACCGGAGACAGUGACGAAGGAGGCCCAGAUGAAAGUGGCUGAGGUGGAAGGCGAGCAGGUGGACAAUAAGGCCAAGCUUGAGGCCACACUGAAGGAGGAGGCGGCCAUUCGGCAGGAGCACAGGGAGAAGGAGCUGGAGCGGCGCUCGGAGGGGGCGGAAGCAGAGCCUGAAGUACUGGUAGAAGCUGCCCCUGGGAGGCCAGUGGUCGAUGUGCAGUCACAGGUGGCCAGUGUGACCCCUUCAUCUGAGGUCUUGAAAGAUACAGCCCCUGUCCUGGAAGGCCUGAAGGGAGAGGAAAUAACCAAGGAGGAGAUCGAUGUCCUUAGUGAUGCCUGCUCGAAACUCAAGGAGCAGAAGCAGCCUCUGACAAAGGAGAAGGAGGAGCUGGAGCUGCUGAAGGAAGAUGUGCAGGACUACAGUGAGGACUUACAAGAAAUCAAGAAGGAACUUUCAAAGACGGGAGAGGAAAUGUAUGUGGAAGAGUCUAAAGCCAGCAAGAGGCUGACGAGACGGGUGCAACAGAUGAUCGGGCAGAUGGACAGCCUGCUCUCACAACUCGAGGCAGACCAGAAGGCUGGCAAGCUCGGUCCUGCCACCGAGGGUGCCCCAUCUGGGGAGACCAUCGUCAGUGUCACCGAGCUCAUCAGUGCCAUGAAGCAGAUAAAGGACAUUCCAGAACACAAACUCCUCAGUUUGGCCACAGCACUGGACGAGAAUAAGGACGGCAAGAUUGACAUUAAUGACCUGGUCAAGGUGAUCGAGCUGGUGGACAAAGAAGAUGUUCACAUCUCCACCAGCCAGAUGGCUGAGAUUGUGGCCAUGCUGGAGAAGGAGGAAAAAGUGGAGGAAAAGGAGAAAGCCAAGGGCAAGGCUGGGAAGGAGGCUGCAGAGGCCAAGAAUUAAGCGCUGUCCUGUCUGCCUGCUCCCGCCACAUGAUCCUGCCAACAGAGUGAUUUUUAGAGGUGAUUCUUAGUGACAGAGCUAAUACUUUAUCUGGAAUAAAUUGGAAGCUUCCAUGA